GCGGAACAUCACUCAGUCGGCUGUGAUGCUGUCUCGCGUUUACACGCGUUCUACUGUCGCGCUUCUUUCUUGAACUCUCUGCCCGCCCGUGUCCGAACCAGACAGCCGUGUGUGUCUGGCGGCGCGCCGUCCACGCCACGCCACGCCACGCCACGCCACGCCGCGCCACAUUACACGAUCAUCGUCGGAGUGACUCGAUAGUCAGCCGAUAGUCAGCCAUCGAAUUACGGAUUACGAUCCAUUCCAUAAACGAAAGGGAAAAGGAGGAAAGAAGGAGAAGUAGGAGACGAAGAUAGAAAAGGCGUUGCGAAGAAUAGAAAGAAGAGAAAGAUACAUUUGCGAUAAUAGUCGCGCGUAUGCCGUGCCGUGCGAAUUCACGACCGCGAGCGUCCACCUACAGUGAUCGUGCCGAUGGGAGGUUAAUUUUGGUGCGCGGUGCAGUUCGCUCCGAGGCCAAACACGAUUAAGGAAUCGAGCGUUCCUCUCGAUCGUUCCUCCUCGACCGUCAUGGGAGACGAGUUACCCAUACUGAAAGGAAUCCUCAACGGAGUUGUCAACUAUCACAAUGCACCGGUGCGAUUCGGCCGUGUGCCCAAGCGCGAGAAGGCCAGGAUUCUGGCUGCUAUGCAGCAAAGCUCCCACAGCCGUUCUCAAGAGAAGGCAGUAGCGGCCGAGCUGGAGGACGAGCAACGGCUUCUGGCUACCGUUGUGCAAGCUCAUCUCGACACAUGCGACUUUACCAGGGACAAGGUGGCCCCGAUCCUGGUCAGAGCUCGAGAGACGCCUAACUAUACCGCGUGUCCGCCGACCUUGGCAUGCCCCCUGAAUCCGAAUCCUCAACCGUUGACUGGCCAGCAAGAACUGUUGCAAGACUUCUCGAAGAGGUUCUCACCGGCGAUCCGCGGUGUGGUGGAGUUCGCGAAACGCAUUCCUGGCUUUAGCCUGCUGGCACAGGACGACCAGGUCACGCUGCUGAAGGCCGGCGUGUUCGAGGUGUUGCUGGUGCGGUUGGCCUGCAUGUUCGACGCUCAAACGAACAGCAUGAUCUGCCUGAAUGGGCAGGUGCUGAAACGCGAGUCCAUCCACAACAGCAGUAACGCUCGGUUUCUCAUGGACUCGAUGUUCGACUUUGCCGAGAGGGUGAACUCCCUGCGGCUGUCGGACGCGGAAUUGGGACUGUUCUGUUCGGUGGUGGUGAUCGCCGCGGAUAGGCCAGGAUUGCGCAACACCGAACUGGUCGAGCGUAUGCACAACAAACUGCGAAACGCUCUCCAAACUGUCCUGGCACAGAACCAUCCGCAACAUCCCGACAUCUUGAGAGAACUGUUGAAGAAGAUCCCGGAUUUGAGAACGUUGAACACCCUCCACUCGGAGAAGUUGCUUGCCUUCAAGAUGACGGAGCAACAACAGCAAAUGCAAGCUCAGCAACAGCAUCAGCAGCAACAGCAACAACAGCAGCAGCAGCAGCAGCAGCAGCAAACGCAGCACGUGAUCAGUGCUCAGCAACCGCAACAGCAACAACACUGGCCGAUGGAGGAGGAACCACCUGCCUCUUGGGGCUCGGCCUCGGACGUAACUUUGGACGAAGCUGUUAAAAGCCCACUGGGCAGUGUAUCGAGCACCGAGAGCACCUGCAGCGGAGAAGUCGCCUCUCUGACGGAAUAUCAUCACGUAGCCCCACCGAGUGGACAUCACGCGUCCAGUGCUCCUCUUCUGGCCGCUACUCUGGCCGGUGGUCUCUGUCCGCAUCGUCGUCGAGCAAACUCCGGAAGUACGAGCUCCGGCGACGACGAGCUACAUCGUGCGUCACUCUCGAAGACGCCUCAACCACCUCAGUGUCCGCGAUUCCGCAAGCUAGACUCUCCGAGCGACAGCGGCAUCGAGUCGGGCACGGAAAAACCGGACAAACCGGCGAGCAGCAGCGCCAGCAGCGCGCCAACCUCCGUCUGUUCCAGCCCCCGUUCCGAGGACAAGGAAGUGGAAGACAUGCCGGUGUUGAAACGAGUGCUUCAAGCACCACCGCUGUACGACACCAAUUCUCUGAUGGACGAGGCCUACAAACCUCACAAGAAGUUCCGCGCACUACGUCAGAAGGACAGCGCGGAGGCCGAGCCAGCGGUGAUCGUGCAACAUACGCAGUCGCAGCUUCAUCUCCACCUAACCUCGCCACCGGCUCGAAGUCCAACGAAUCAAGUGCAAGCUCAGUGCCCCCAAACGGCGAGUCUGUUGAGCAGUACGCACUCGACGUUGGCCAGGAGCCUGAUGGAAGGUCCACGAAUGACGGCCGAGCAACUGAAGCGCACGGACAUCAUUCACAACUACAUCAUGCGCGGCGAGGCAAGUCCCAGAUCGCCGACAGCCUCGCCAUCGCCAGCAGAGCAGUGCGCUUCCACGACUACCAUCACCGCGCGUUCACCCCAAGGAUCUCAAGGACUGCUGCAGUGCGCUACCAGCAGUUACUCGACGAGCAGGUGGCCAGCCACGUCGGUCAUCACGACGACGACGGGCGCCCGGCAGCAGCAGCAGCAGCAGCAACAACAACAACAACAACAACAGCAGCAGCAGCAGCAACAGCAGCAACAACAACAGCAGCAGCAGCAACAGUCUUCCUCGGACUACCUCAUGGUCGGGAAUUCACCGGCCUCGUCGCCAAGAUAUCUGUCUGCGGCGGCGACGAGUAGUACGAGCACGAGUCCACGGCCUGCCUCGAGUACAGCGGCAACGCUCGUCCUCUCCGGUUGUCCGAGCAACAUGAUGGAGCUACAGGUGGACAUCGCGGACAGUCAGCAACCGUUGAAUCUGUCGAAAAAGUCGCCGUCCCCGUCGCCGAGGCCGUUAGUAGGCCCGUGCAAGGCGUUGUCUCUCGAGGCGUAGUGGUCUCGCGGAGUCGCGUGAGCGUGUUUCGUUGUUUGUGACGGACGGCGGUAACCACCCUACCUUCGCUGCAACUCGCGGCAAUUACGGGCGCUGAACAGACGAGCGCUUACGCGGAUCGGCA